AUGGGCCUCACCGACAUGCUCUCUUCGGCCGUUCGUGGUCACACCGGGCUGCACUACGUGCCAUCCUUUAACGACUUCGUCUCCGGGGCGGCCGACGAUGUCGAGGCCAUGGAGCUGCAGCGCGACCAGCAGACCCGCAUGACACCGCUUACCAGUGACGCCCCGAAGCCUGUUAGCAACAAAACGGACGACCUGCCUGCUAUGACUUCGACCAUAGGUGACAUCCACAAGGUCAACCGGCCCAUUCUUAGCGGCCGUGCAGACUGGAUCAUGGACAACGCCCGCGGCGGCCGCCACGCGCCCUCCGUUUGGCAGUACAUCCUCUCCAGCCAGAACAAGGAAAAGUUGCCACGAUUCGACGACAUUAAGCACCCGCAACGAGAUACCAUUGGAGUGGAGGAGCUCCAAAAGCACUUCAACGUGACUCCUACCCAGGCGGACGCCAUGGUGCAGGAGGCGGACCGCGACAACGACAGCCGCAUCAGCCGCCAGGAAUAUAUUGACAUUACCAUGGCCUCGGCCUGA